AUGAAGACGGCAAUAUCACUGCCACUGGCUGUUUUGUACUUGGCUAGCUACUCGAUCGCAUUUCCGGUCGUGAAUAGAGAUGUGUCACAUUUUACACGGUUGAUAGUGUUUGGUGACAGCUUCAGCGACAAUGGUAACGGAUCAUGGGUGGUGUCCGUUUAUGCCAUUCAUCUAGGUUCCAACUCUAACGGGUGCCAUAGAGAUGGGCCAGUGUGGAACGAGCGCGUUGCGGACGCCCUUGGUCUUGAGCUUGUUAACAUCGCGACUGGCGGAGCCACCACAAACAACGGUUUCGUUCAAGGACGGACAGGCCCAAAGUCGGAAAUCCCCGUGCCUUCUACGGCUGAACAAAUCGCGUCAUUCUUGUCAUGGGAUGCGCCCAGACCUGGAGAUGUGUUCGUUCAUUGGUCAGGCGUCAAUGAGAUUCUCUUCAACCCCAAUGUUACUGGUUCGCAGACGACGAGCUUAAUCAACGAGAAUAUCGGGAUAUUGUAUCGUGCUGGGGCUAGAAACAUCGUUCUGGGCAAUUACAACGAUAUUGACACAUUUCCAGGGACGUACAAUGUUUCUGACUAUCAAACUGAUAAUGUCAAGUCCUAUAUGAAUGAUCUCAGCAUUGGGCUUAGGAACAUUGUAGGUGCAUACUCUGCUUAUGCGAACACGGCGUUGGUUGAGACACAAACGUUGUUUCGCAAAAUUGCAGCCAACCCUGCAGAGUACAGGAUUGAUGAGAAGUAUGUGAACCCACCAACUGCGUGCCUGCAAGGGGCGUAUGGCAGCCAAGAACGUUCCCUUUGCAGUGACCCAGAACGCCACCUAUUCUUCGAUUCCUACCAUCCGGUAAAAGAAGUACAUGCAGCUAUUGGGAAGUUGGUAGAAGAUAGAAUUAGGGCUCUUAAUAGCCAAAGAUGA